AUGCGUAAGCGUGAGAGGGAGAGCAGUGGGAGCAGCAAAAGCUCCUCAGAUUCGCUUUUCUCUUCCUCCAGCGAUUAUAGGAAUGACACACGGGGAAAGCGGAAACACACACGUUAUAAAAAUAAGGAUAGUGAAAGCAACAACGAUAAGCCGAAGCCGGCCGCUGCCACAUGGGAAAAACUCGCGGAGCGCAAAGCUCUGCUUGAGACGCGGGACAAGGAGAUAUCGUUGCUGGAGCAACGCCGUGGGGCCAGGAAUAGCAAUGACUCCUACGAUGAUGACGACGAUGAUGAUGAAAAUGCCUGGCAGCAUCACACGGGCAACAGUGGGGAACUAAAAGGCAAUCAUCAUAAAAAUAGUAUUCUGAAUAGUACCCUUCGUGUGGAUGAAAAUUUUGUGCUGAGCGAUGAGGACUCCGGCGAUGAUCCCUUUGGAGCUGCCGCGUCCACACCAAGCGAAGGUGAGGCUGAUACGGGCGAAAAGGAUGGCGACAUCGAGGACUUUCGGGAGAGGCUACUUGCCCACGUUCAACUCACCUGCGCUGCAAAGCGUGUUGGUACUGUAGACUCAACCGUCGCCGGUGUAACACCCGCGCAUGCGCUGCAGCAUCUUAAGGAGGAGUUGCUGAAGCCCGUCAUGUCAACUGCGCUCACGGUUGUGAGUGCAACAGAUGAGUCGCACGAUCUUAUGGCAGAAAUUGUGUCGGCCAAACUACCGCCUCCUCCCCCUGAGGAUGUGAAACGGCUGCGUAAGUUGCAAUAUGUAGACCACAGCACCAUACAAUAUCCGCAUAUUCGAAAGGAGUUUUACGUUGCCCCUCCAGACGUCAAGGACCUCGAUGCGGAUGAGUUAAAGCGGCUCAUAGCGGAGCUGGAUGGAGCAAAAUUGCGUGGACGUGAUCCACCUCGACCCAUGCGUACUUGGAAUGGUUCAGGUCUACCAGAUUCAGUUCUUGAUUUGCUAGCGCGUGAAGGGUUUGAACAACCAUUUGCCGUGCAGUCUCUUGGUUCUCCGGCGUUGAUGAGCGGUCGCGACCUCCUCAUUACAGCCAAAACAGGUUCUGGAAAGACACUCGCCUAUCUCCUGCCGCUUAUUCGUCAUUGUGUUGGGCAAGAACCAUGUGGAAAGGGUGAAGGGCCUAUUGGCCUUAUUUUUGUUCCCACACGUGAACUGGCUGCGCAAAUUGCCCAACUGGCAGAAAAGCUGUGUGUGGCAGCCAAGCUGAGAUUUGUUUCCUCGUACGGCCUAACACCGCUUGCAGACAACAUCAGACACUGCAGAGCAGGAUGUGAAGUCAUGGUGUGCACCCCAGGUCGACUUUUGGAUCUUCUCACCGUGAAUGGUGGAGCCGUCAUUUCGUUGCGGCGCACAUCUUUUGUCGUGAUUGAUGAGGCAGACCGCAUGUUUGACAGUGGCUUCAUGGAACACGUGGAGGCCUUUUUAAAAAAUAUUCGUCCUGACAGACAAUUGGCGCUCAUUAGUGCAACCAUGCCAAAAGAACUGAAGAAAGUCAUCAUACGUCAUAUGCAAGAUCCUGUGGAGGUUACAGUGGGGGGCAAACCUACUCCCGCCUCGAAUGUCGAGCAGCGCUUUUUCUUUUUUGAUGAAGAAGUGUAUGAAGUGGAGGAGGCGAAUCGCACAGAAGAUAAAAAGUUUUUAAAACUGCUGCAAAUUCUCAGUGAUGAGGGUGGUACUGGACAGCAUCUCAUUAUCAUAUUUGCCCAACGCAAGGAAGAGUGUGACGAACUCUUUGCGCGUCUUUCUGCCUGUGGUUACCAGAAGCGUAUUGCCGUUUUGUAUAGUGGCAUGGACCCAUUAGAUCGUGAGUUUGCCUUGGAGCAUUUUGCUCCUGGCAAUCAGUUUAUUCUUAUUGCAACAGGUGUUGCGGAGCGGGGUCUUGACAUCCCGUAUCUGGAGUUGGUCAUUAACUACACACUUCCAGAUCACUACGAGGCUUACGUGCAUCGCAUAGGUCGCACCGGUCGCGCUGGUAAAAAAGGCAAGGCGGUAAGCUUUUUUAUGCGUGGGAAGGAUGACGACUUAUCCGUGGAACUCUGUGAGGGCCUUGAACGUGCACAGCAGCAGGUACCAGAGGAACUAUAUGAGCGGGCUGCAAAGUUACGAGAGAAACGUAAGGAGGGCAUUGUACGGCACAACACGGGGUUUUACAGGGGUUACAUGAAGGCAAAGAAGCUACGCUUUACAGACCGCGGUCAAGAAGAACAAUUUAAGGCGGCAGCGCGGGCAGCAGGGCUUGAAGAGUAUUUAUCCGCCAGCUCCUGCACGGACUCGGAUUUGUCUGACGGUGAUGAGGAUGGGAAGGAGGACGGUAUUGAAAUUGUUGCAGUGCAGGAAGAUGGAACCCGAGGUGGUGGCGGUCGCAAUGAGGAGGAUUCUACAGCCCUCAUGUUGUACAGGGACACUAGCGCCCUUACACUUUCCUCGCAGCAACAACAAGAACAACAGGAACGUCUCGCAUCUGCACUUGCGUACGCGCGGAAGACGACUGACUCCAUUGUUGAUCCUUCCAGUACAUGUGCUCGUUUUGAGGCCGAGUAUCCCAUCAACGAUCUUCCCGAGCGCAUUCGGUUGCGGAUGCAGAGCGCGAAUUUGUUGCGUUCUGUGCAGGAGGAAACGGGAACUACAAUAAUCCGAAAGGGUGUCUUUUUUGACCGAAAGUACAAACACUCCCACCGCCUGCGUGAGGGCGUGCGGCCGCUGUACCUGCUACUUAUUGGAAAGACCGUGGAGGCUGUGCGUGCAGCGGUCAAGAAGCUGAACGAAAUCAAGGAAGAGGCGCAGAGCCGAAUUCAGAAUAAAGUGUCGGCUCUUGGGGCCGAACUGUAA